GAGAAGAAAAAAUGGAGGGAAAUAAAGCUCAUAAAGAAACUGGAGAAGCAGAGGAUGCAGGAGCUCGCUGCGAAAGAGCAGGCACAAAAGAAAGAGGAGCAGAAUGAGGAUAAAGGUCGUCACUACACCCUGAGUGUCGCCCUGCCAGGCUCUAUCCUGAAUAACGCCCAGUCCCUGGAGCUGCGGACGUACCUUGCUGGACAGAUUGCUCGGGCUUGUGCCAUCUUCUGUGUGGAUGAGAUUGUCGUUUUUGAUGAGCAUGGAGAAGACGUAAAGAGCGUGGAGGGGGAAUUUGCAGGAAUUGGGAAGAGAGGCAAGGCUUGUGUGCAGCUUGCUCGCAUCCUGCAGUACUUGGAGUGCCCUCAGUACUUGAGGAAAUCCUUUUUUCCAAAACAUGAGGAUCUGCAGUUUGCAGGGCUGCUGAAUCCCCUGGACAGCCCCCACCACAUGCGGGUGGAUGAGGACUCAGAGUACCGAGAAGGUGUCGUGUUGGACCGGCCAACUAAGCCGGGCAGAGGCUCUUUUGUUAACUGUGGCAUGAGGAAGGAGGUGCGGAUUGACAAGCAGCUGGAUCCUGGUCUGCGAGUCACUGUGCGCCUGGAAGAACCUCAGAAUCCAGACAGCAAAGUGCGGAAAGGCACCGUGGUGUCCUCACAUCAUCCUCGGACAGUGUCAGGCCUGUACUGGGGUUACAGCGUCCGCCUUGCCUCCUGCCUGAGUGCCGUCUUCUCCGAGUGUCCCUUCAAGGAAGGCUACGACCUCUCUAUUGGGACCUCGGAGCGCGGGAGCUCCGUGGACCAGGCCAGUCUCCCCUCCUUCAGGCAUGCCCUGGUCGUGUUUGGAGGUCUCCAGGGCUUGGAAGCUGGGGUUGAUGCAGACCCAAACCUGGAGGUCACUGACCCAAGUGUCCUGUUUGACCUCUACCUGAACACCUGUCCCGGCCAAGGCAGCCGAACCAUCAGGACGGAGGAAGCCCUGCUGAUCUCCCUGUCAUCGCUGAGACCCCACAUCGAUGAGGCUGUGAAGACACCCAGAGACAGUCAAGGGAAGAAGAUCCCCUGA